AUGAGUCAGUUCAACACUUCGUUUUGGGCCAUCGCGCUCCUGUCGGCAUUGGCCGUUUCUGCCUUCUCGGCCGCCGAUGCGCAGUCCUACAUGGCGUCUCGCGCUCAAGCAGCCAGAAAGGCCGCGAACGACGCGGACGCGCUGGCGCUAACAGCGCAGGCGGAUUACAACGAGAAGCUCAAGGCGGAAACCGCGGCUAAGAAGGCCGUUGACGACGCCGACGCCGAUCUGGCCGCCGCGCAGACGGAACUCAAUAACAAAAAGAAGCAGCUCGACGACACCAAGGCUAAGGGCGAGAAGGCGCGCCAGGAUACGAUCAGGUUGAAGCAGACUGUGCGCGACGAGCAGGCGUAUAACGACGAGCUCGAAAUGGACGCUGGCGAGGCGGAUAACGACGAGAAGGAGUUCGCGAAGGAUAUCGUCGACGCGCAGGCGCGCGCGAAUCUCACGGCGGAUCUGCUGGCGGAGCAGAACGCGAUCGUUAAGGAGGCGACUGACGACUCGACGUACUACGCGCGGCUCGCGACGAAGCUCAAGACGCCGGAGGCGCAGGCGGAUGCUCUCGAGGCGCAGUCGAUUCGCGCGCAGGCGGUUCGGAUUCAGGGCGCGCUUGUGAAGCAGGCGCAGCGGUCCGUUGAGCGCGUUGGCAGGAUGCAGUUUGAGUGGGCUGCGACCAAUAAGGACAAGGCCGAAACGAGGAGCAAGGCUGACGAGCACAAGGUUGUGCUGGACAAGGCUAAGAAGGACGCGUCGGACGCCGAGGCGCUUUACAACUCGGCUAUCGUCGAAGCUAAGACUAUCGACGCGGCGGUCAAGCAGCAAGCCGCCGUGGUCGUGGCGAAAACUAAGGCCGCGAAAGACGCGCGAAUUCCGCUCGCGAGGGCCGCAACCGCUCGGGCUCAGUCCGAAACCAAGUUCAAUGCGCUCAAGUCGCGCGCUGACGGAUUUAAGGCGGCUGCGGACAAGGCGCAGAAAGAGAACGCCGAAGAGGCCAAGAACGGUAACGGUAACGCCUACGGCAGCACCAACUAG